GGCCGCCAUGACAGUGGGAAUCUACCGACGACGUGCGACGUGACGCCGUGACGUGCCCAACGGUCCUGAUGGGGCGGGGCUCGACGAAGAGUAAUCUAAAUAAAGGACCGUGCAGAAAUUGACCCUAACGUAUCAGACUUGUUUUCUACGAUUGAAAGAGAAAUCUCCCGUGAUGCCGAUUCGCCGAGCAGCAGCGACUCCAACCCAAGAGAAGCCCCCCGCCACUUCAGCAGAGAAAGCGCCGGAGGCUUCCUCGGAGGAGUCGCCCUCUGCUGACAAAGAACAGGCCGCGUCCUCAGCCGCAGCAGCCGAGGUCGAGGAGGGCAAGAGCUCGAGCAAGUCGCAGCCCACAGAGAAUGGGGAGAAGGCGGAAGAGGGAGCCCCGGAGGAGAAGGGAGGUGAAGCAUCGGAGAAGAAAGGUGACAAAUGCAAGGACUGCGCGGCUGGACAGUGUGCAACACACUGCUAUGUUCUCCUACUAAGGUUGAAGGACGGCUACAAGUACGAGAAAUCCAAGGUCAAGAAGGUUAAAAGGACGAUUCCUGCCUGGGCUAGCGUCAGUGCCAGCAAAAAACUUCCUGUUACCAAUUUCUCAGGCACUCAGACAAAAGUUGAUAAUGUCCUUAUUGAAGCUAUUACGUCAUGUAACAACAAGUCUGGGUUUUCAUACCAGUCUGUCAUGAAAUAUAUUAUGAAAAAGUACCCAAGGAAGGAACUUGACAGGAAAAAGUUUUUAAUUAAAAAAGCAAUGAAGAAACAUUUGGAGAAGGGCACCAUCAAACAGUUGAAGGGUAAAGGCCUUUCUGGAACCUUCGCCAUUGGAAAGCAGGUCCGCCUGUCGAAUAAAGCUGCUCAGAAGCAGGAGUCACUGGGAGAUGCUCUUCCUCUCAUCAUCACUCGGCUCUGUGAGCCCAAGGAGGCUUCCUACAAUCUGAUCAAGAAAUACGUGGAGCAGCACUUCCCCAGCCUCAACGUCGAAACCAGGCCUGAGGUCCUAAAGACAGCUUUAGUAAAGGCAGUGGAAAAAGGACAACUAGAGCAAAUCACUGGAAAAGGAGCCAGAGGGACUUUCCAGCUGAAACGUACUGGGAACCAGAUCCUGUUGAAGGGCGGUGCACUGGAGGAUGCCAUCACAGCCGCCAUCACAGCCAUGAAUGAACCCAAAACCUGCAGCACCACCACGCUACGCAAAUACCUACUAGACGCCAACAAGGACAGAAAAGAGCAUCAGCUAUUGGCCAAUCUGAGGAGGACCCUAACGAAGUGUAAAGUACUGGGGUGGAUGGAGCAGAUCACGGGUCAUGGCUUCGUAGGGACCUACCAGCUCUCGUUCCCUUUCUACCCAAGUCCCAGCAUCCUGUACCCAGAAAAGUUUAAAGAGCCAGUGAAAAACACUCCAGCUUCACCUAAACGGAGGCGGACAGCUGAGUCCUCAGAAGAAGAGUCAGAAGAGGAAUCAGAGGAAGAAUAUGAAGCUCCUCCACCUAAGAAGAAAGCUCUGAAGAGGCCUCCACCUAAGGCUCGCCAACCUCCACCUACCAAAAAAUCCAAAAGUACCAGUCAGUCAAAAGCUAAGGGCAGGGGGAGUGCCCUCACAAAAAAGUCCCCAUCCAAGAAAGCGGAGUCUUCAGCCAAGAGAACGGGAGGGAAACAGUCGGUCUCCAAGAAAGAAUCCGCUCCUCCACCCAAAUCUACACCCGUCAAGAGAGGAGCUCCUGCCAAAAAACCCAAAACACCAGCUGUUAAAAAGUUGGCCAAAAGGGGGUCCAAGCGACCUGUGUCCAGAGAACCGACCCCUGAGGAAACGGCGCCCACAAAGGAGACGACAAAAAGUGGGUCCAAGCGAUCCAAGCCUGAAGAGCCAUCCCCUGCGGAGCGCGUAGUAAAAAAGACAGCCACCAAGAGUGGGUCCAAACAGCCUGAGCCUGAGGAGCCCUCCUCCAAGCCUGUAGCUAAAAGAGGGGCCAAGAGCACCAAGCAGUCUACUCGUAAAUCAAAGCGAGGGAAGUAUUGAGUUCUAGAGCGCUGUUGACAAACUGGGCUGCUCUGAAUAUGCAGCAGUCUGCUGCUUUGUUUCACUAGUCUCUCUCUUUUAUCAUUUUUUCCCUUUUUAAUGGGGCAGUAGUUUUUUUUUUUUUUUUUUUAAUUUGUGUUGUAGAAUAAGAAUGUUAUCCUACCAGUUACGUUUACUGUACACGGAGAGUUUCUGAUUUUGCUUUUUAAUCACAUUAUAUAGAAAAGCUUUUUCAGUGUUGCCGUUAAAAGACAUUUGUGAGCAGCUGCCUGCUUGGGAGAAGCCUAGCCAUUCAGACAUACUGUAACUAGAGCCAUGUAGUGACUUCUGUUUUUAUAUUUCUUGUUUAUGUUGUUGGUGUUAGCAGUUCACAUUCCUGACAUUAAUUGAGGCCACAUAUGUUUUGGAGGCUUGAAAAUUCCCGUUUUAUUUCCAUCUGAGGGUGAACGGUUAAAUGAUUAAUAAUGUUAAUAUUUUAUAAAUCUGGUUUUAGGGCUGUUGUCCUGGGAUGAUACUACAAACUUUGGUCAUGCAACACUGCGUACAAAUCUGAACUGAUGUGCAUAUGUGUGCUUAAAUAAUUAUCUUUAUUUAAAACCAUAAUGUUCCUAUUAAUAAAGCUUUGUCUUUUGUUCCCUGGUUGAAAUUAAACAUUAUGGUAGUUUUAGUUUUGCAAGAAGUUACAUGAGGGGGUUUCUUUUCUACAUGUUAACAAGCCGCACUGUAGGCAUAAAUAACUUUAUUGCUUCACAACUGUAAAACAGUACAAAUCAUAAGAAAUGUGUGUUGUGAUUAAAAGGACAAUAGCUCAUACAUACCCUGCAUGCAUGUAUUCCCUGUGUUGUUAAUCUUUUUUCCAAGUCAUUAAUAAAAAUGACUAUAUUUGUAAAA